GUGGUCGAAAGUAUUUUUUAUGCUUACCGAGUUACUGGUGACACGAAAUAUCAAAAAUGGGGCUGGAAAAUCUUCAAACAACUCGUAAAGCACUGCAAAACCCCAACCGGGUUUUCGGGAUUGAGAGACGUGAUGAUGGACAAAAACAGGAAAGGCUACGAUGAUGUAGAUAACAUGAUUACGCGCGAGGUUAAUAAGAGUACUAUUGGAGGAAACAGACACCAUAAAAAUUAUGAAAGUAAUUGGGACGAUAUGCAACACAGUUAUUUCUUAGCAGAAACACUGAAAUAUCUUUAUCUUUUGUUUAAUGAUCAUAAUCUAAUUUCUUUGGAUGAAUACGUAUUCAACACUGAAGCUCAUCCCAUAAGGAUUGGUGGAGGGACGACCAGGACAAAUAGAAGCAAAACAUCUUUUGAAUCGGUAAAA